AUGGGGGACGGGGCAGAGGAGGAGACGGUGGAGCUGCCGCUCACGGACGCAAACCUGACUGGCCAUGAAGAGAAAGUUGGCAUGGAGAACUUUGAACUGCUCAAGGUGCUGGGGACUGGAGCCUACGGAAAAGUGUUCCUGGUGCGCAAGAUGACAGGCCAUGACGUGGGGAAGCUGUAUGCCAUGAAAGUGCUGCGCAAGGCGGCCAUUGUGCAGAAGGCCAAGACCACAGAGCACACACGCACUGAGCGGACCGUGCUGGAGCAUGUGCGGGCAUCGCCCUUUCUAGUGACCCUGCACUAUGCCUUCCAGACUGGCUCCAAGCUGCACCUCAUCCUGGACUACGUGAGUGGUGGGGAGCUCUUCACCCAUCUGUACCAGCGCGAUCAUUUCAAGGAGGAGGAGGUGCGGAUCUACGCCGGGGAGAUCGUGCUGGCACUGGAGCAUCUGCACAAGCUGGGCAUCAUCUAUCGGGAUGUGAAGCUGGAGAACAUCCUGCUGGACAGCGAAGGGCACGUGGUGCUCACUGACUUCGGCCUCAGCAAGGAGUUCCUCACCGAGGAGAAAGAUCGCACCUUCUCCUUCUGCGGCACCAUCGAGUACAUGGCCCCCGAGAUCAUCCGCAGCAAGUCAGGGCAUGGGAAGUCUGUCGACUGGUGGAGCCUGGGGAUCCUGAUGUUUGAGCUGCUGACGGGGGCUUCGCCCUUUACACUGGAGGGGGAGAAGAACACGCAGGCCGAAGUGUCCAGACGCAUCCUCAAGUGCCAGCCCCCGUUCCCAACUGUGAUUGGCCCCGUGGCCCGCGACCUGCUGCAGAAGCUACUGUGCAAGGACCCCAAGAAACGCCUGGGCUCGGGGCCCAAUGGGGCGCAGGACAUCAAGGAGCACCCCUUCUUCAAGGGCCUGGACUGGGUGGAAUUGGCCGCGCGGCGGGUGAAGGCUCCGUUCAAACCCAUCGUCCGCAGUGAGCUGGACGUGCGCAACUUUGCCGAGGAGUUCACCCGCCUGGAGCCUGUGUACUCGCCCGCUGGGACUCCCCCCAACCUGGACCGCGUCUUCCAGGGCUACUCCUUCAUCGCUCCCUCCAUCCUGUUCAACCACAACGCCGUCACCACAGAUGUGCUGGAGCUGGCUCUGAGCGGGGAGCGCCCAGGCAGUGCUGCCGUGGCACGCAGCGCCAUGAUGAAGGACUCUUCAUUCUUCCAGCUCUAUGACAUGGACCUGAAGGAGGCAGCGCUGGGUGAGGGCAGCUUCUCGGUGUGUCGCCGAUGUCAGCAGCGCCAGGGUGGCACCGAAUUCGCCGUCAAGAUCAUCAGCAAGAGGAUGGAGGUGAACACCCAGAGGGAGGUGAUGGCUUUGCAGCUGUGUGAGUCUCACCCCAACAUCGUCAAACUACACGAGGUGCAUCACGACCAGUACCACACGUACCUGGUGAUGGAGCUGCUGCGGGGGGGUGAGCUCUUUGACCGCAUCAAGAAGAAGCAGCAUUUCAGUGAGUCGGAGGCCAGUCAGAUCAUGCGCAGCCUGGUGUCAGCUGUCAGCUUCAUGCACGACGUUGGCGUGGUGCACCGGGACCUCAAACCUGAGAACAUCCUAUAUGCUGACGAGUCAGAGGGUGCCCCAGUGAAAGUGAUUGACUUCGGCUUUGCCCGCCUGCGCCCCUCAGGCUCACAGCCCAUGCAGACGCCUUGCUUCACGCUGCAAUAUGCCGCCCCUGAGCUCUUCACCGACGAGGGCUAUGAUGAGUCCUGCGACCUCUGGAGCCUCGGUGUCAUCCUGUACACCAUGCUGUCCGGACAGGUGCCUUUCCAGAGCAGCCAGGAGGGCGGCGCGCUGACCCAUGCGGCUGAGAUCAUGCACAAGAUCAAGGAGGGGCAGUUCUCACUGGAGGGCGAGGCCUGGAGGGGGGUCUCCGAGGAGGCCAAAGAGCUGGUCAGAGGGCUGCUGACCGUGGACCCUUCCAAGCGGCUGAAGAUGUCGACUUUGCGCUACAGCGAAUGGCUACAGGACGGCAGCGCCCUCUCCUCCACCCCGCUCAUGACUCCUGACAUCCUGGAGUCCUCAGGGCCUGCCGUGCGCUCAGGGGUCAACGCCGCCUUCAUGGCCUUCAACAAGGGCAAGCGCGAGGGCUUCUUCCUGAAGAGCGUGGAGAACGCCCCCCUGGCCAAGCGCCGCAAGCUCAAGAUGUCGAGCACGGGGGCCGAGGCCCGGCGCAGUUCCUCCUCCUCCUCCUCCUCUGGCUCCUCCUCAGCACUCCCCGCCCGGCCCCCCCGCCCCAAACCACCUGGCCGCCGCCACAACCCCCCCUCGUAG